AUGAGUUCCGAGGCGCCAAAGAAACGAGCAUCGUCCUCAAGUGACGACACGCCAGGUCCAGCAAAGCGACAGCGCACGCAGUCGUCGAGUACAGCCAGCUCCGCCGAGUCUUCUGUCGUGCUUCCUACCCGAAUAGAUGGCCCGCCAAAUUUCAACGAGCAGCACAGGAUGGAGUUGCGCCGUGCCAUCACCCUGGCGCUUGGCCACGUCGGCUUCGACUCCGCAUCUGAGGAGGCACUCGAGAGCUUCACUCACAUGACCGAGACAUAUCUUUCGUCUCUCAUCGAGGACGUCAAGUUGAUCGCAAACAGCGCUCGCCGAAUCCAACCCAUCCCUACCGACUUUGACCGGUCCAUCAAGCGCUUUAACAUUAACCUGACCCACCUGAAGCCUCACCGCAGACCUCCUAUACCACAGGAUAGGAUAAAGGCGACUUACACUACGGAGAUGUUUCUGGACGGCGAGACGAUGGAUCUGCCGACACUGGACGAGAGGCUCAGCGGCAAGGACGAUAAGGACGCCAAGCUCUACAUACCGAAAUCAUUCCCCGACUUCCCCAGCAUACACACCUACAAAUACACACCCACCGAUGUCGAGUCUGUGACGGUCCGUGGCCACGACGUAGACCCCGAAGGCACUGCGAAGCGCGGUUCCCCCGACUGGCGUGGUGAUCCCAAGAAGAUUCGCGAGGCGGCAGCUCUCCAGGCGAAGCAAGCCGAGGAGGCGCUACGACGCCUUGUGAGGGCCAGCAAGCAAGCGAGUCUUAAGGACAUGCGAAGCACUGCCGAGAAGAACCCGGUCUCGAAGGUGCGCUACAACCAGUGGGAAGACGCGAUGAAGGAGCUGCUGCAGGAACAAGGGCGCGCAAACGGCAAGGACGUUGCAGCCAGAGGAGACGUUGCGGAUCACAGCAUGGUCGUAAAUGCGCAGAAAAGGUUCCACAGGCGAGAGGUGCCCCGAUCGGCAAAGCGGAUGCAGGUCGCGGAUACUAUCCGGGGCAAGGGCUGA